UCUGGGAUUGUAACUAAACAGAAGAAAAUGAUGAGGCGAAGGAAAAAAUACAGUGGGGUUGGCUCUAAAACAGAAGGCAAGGUGUAAGUAAAAAGGCUUCAAAGGAAAAGACAGGUUCAGAGUGGAUAUUAACAGUGUCUGCAGGGAGAAUUUAUGGAGGGUGAGAAGAGAUAAGAAUGCUUCAGCGGAAGAAGUAAAGAAGGCCCAGUACAACCACAACUGCCAUGUUCAGGGGUUCCUUGGAGUAGCAUUAAAGGCUCUCUCUCCUCUCAGAUCUUCUUCACUACACAUCCUUCCCAUUUCCAACCACACAAAAACUCAUUAUUUUCUAUAGAAAAUGAAGGAAAAGAAAAAAAGAGGAGCCAGAUUUAUAGGCCGAAAUUUGGAAUGAUCUUUUGAUGAUUUGGCUGAACAGCAUGGGUUCUGGGUUGAAGAUUCUCCACAUGAUCUCCAUCAUCAUAUCCAUUCUCAUUUCAUUCCAAAGUGCCCACAUUUUGAUUCCUGCUGUUUCUUCUGCUGCUGUAUUGAAUGCAGAAGAGAAUUAUUUCAAUGCUGUUGAUGACCUAAAAAGCCUGCAUUUCAUUGAGGACAACACCACAGAUGGUAAAGAACAGAUUGAAAAGGUCUCUGGUGAGGAUGAUAAUGCAGAAAAGGAGCCUCUGAUAUUGGAAAAGUUCAGAGUUCUGCUUGGACUAAAGAGCUUCAAAGCCAGAAGAACCCGAUAUAAUGGUGAACUUGAAAAUUGUUCCCCAUCCCCUUCUCCAUCACCCUCCCUUGAAGAUGAGGCUGAAGCACCGGCUCCGGUCCCUGCACCGCCUCUCCAUGCACAUUCCCAUCCUCCCCAUCACCCCAAACAGAUCCCACCAGCCCACGGGGCUCACAGAGAGAGCAGAGGUAAAGGUAGAGUAAAAAAAAUUAUAGUAGCAGUUCUUGUAUCUACUGGAGCCACAUCUGUAAUCUGUGUUCUGGGUUUCAUCUGGUUCUGCCUAAAAUUCAGAAAACCCAGGAAGAGAUCUGCAAGAACUGUCACGAUCCACGGCAAAGAGAAAGGAAGCAGAGGCAGAUCAAAUAAUGGAACAGCAAGCAAGGUGAGCAUCAAUCCUGGCCUAGACCUCUUUUAUCUUGACUCUAUAGAAUCAAGUUUAGAGCCACAAGGUACUUGCCUUAAACAAAGUUCCCAAACUCCAAACAUAUCAACAACAAAUCAGAACUCAAUUAGUCCUACAUUGCUUGAGAGCGAAGGACUGGGCCACCGACAACUGAGAAAAUCAGAAUCUGGUCAUGUUAGCUAUGCGUCGGGUGAGGGAAUUGUGUCGGUGCAUGGGGAUGCAGAGUCAGGGGAUGAUCAUUCCAAUGGGGGUGGCUCUUCUUGUAGGAAAAAAUUUGUUUCAAUUGAAGCUCAUUUUUCAGAUGAUGAUGAUGAUGAAUCUUUUCACUCUUUCUGUGAGUCACAUUCAUCCAAUGUGAGGCUUUCCAAUGCUUCAGCUGGUAGUUUUAGGGAUGCAGCUGAAGUUUUCUCCCCAAAUGUGUAUAAGAUUCAGCCUUCUCUGCCAUCUUCUUCUAACUUGCCUAUUCCACCAGCAACCCCAGAUCUCAUUCCAGCCCCAGCUCCAAAUAUUGGGUCAUUUCCUCCUCCCAUUUCCACUAAAAACCCGAAACAGGAAGCUUCAUGUUCUUCAAAAUCAUGUCAGAAAGAUCUCCCACCACCACCUCCACCGCCACCGCCACCACCACGGCCUCCACAGUUUUCACCAUCUCCUUCUUCUUUUAGCACAACCCAGCUUUCAUCUAAAGCUUCGUGUUCUUAUACAUUGGCGAAUUUUUCGUCUCCUAGGAACUCAGACUCUUCUUCAGGAUCAAACCAAACCCCACAAAGGGACUUGCAGCCUCCAUCUCAUAAACCUCCCAAUCCUCCACCACCUCCAGGAGGCAUCCCUCCGCCGCCUUGCCCGCCUCCAUUUCUGAGAGUAAAUAGUAAUUCCCUCAAAACCCCGCCGCCUCCUCCAUCUCAACUCUCUCAAUUUAUCCCUCUGGGAAAAGAUGGAGCUCCCCUGCCAAAGUUGAAGCCAUUGCACUGGGACAAAGUCAGAGCUGCGCCAAACCGUUCCACAGUGUGGGACAAGCUGAGAUCGAGUUCAUUCGAACUGGAUGAGAAAAUGAUCGAAUCACUUUUCGGGUACAAUCUGCAAACUACAAUGAAGAAUGAUGAGGCAAAGAGCAAGAGCCCUUCUCCAAGCAAGCAUGUUCUUGAGCCCAAGAGACUACAGAAUAUAACCAUACUCUCAAAAGCCUUGAAUGCCACUGCUGGACAAGUAUGUGAUGCAUUACAACAAGGGGACGGUCUGUGCUUACAACAACUAGAGGCAUUGGCCAAGAUGGUGCCCACUGAUGAAGAGGAGGCUAAGCUCUCAAGCUACAAUGGAGACAUCAAUGAACUGGGCUCAGCAGAGAGGUUUGUUAAGGCAAUGCUGGAUAUCCCAUUUGCCUUUCUGAGGAUUGAAGCCAUGCUCUACAAAGAAACAUUUGAAGAUGAAGUGGUUCAUCUCAGAAAGUCCUUCUCAAUGUUAGAGGAGGCCUGCAAGGAGCUGAGGUCAAGCAGGCUCUUCCUGAAACUGCUUGAAGCUGUGCUGAAAACCGGGAACAGGAUGAAUGUAGGGACAAUCAGAGGAGGGGCAAGAGCAUUCAAGCUGGACGCCCUUCUUAAGCUUUCUGAUGUGAAAGGAACAGAUGGAAAAACCACCUUACUCCACUUUGUGGUCCAAGAAAUGAUCCGGACAGAAGGAAUCAAAGCUUCAGAGAGCAUCAUAGGGAAGAUCAAUCUGAAAACAAAGAACAAGACUGUUGAAGAAAGAGAAGAAGGGUACAGAAGAAUGGGCCUAGACCUUGUCUCAGGGCUCAGCACUGAGCUCUGCAAUGUGAAGAAGACAGCCACAGUGGACAUGGAUGUUCUUGCAAGCUCAGUCUCAAACCUCUCGGAUGGAAAGAGAAAGCUGCAGAGUCUGGUAAACAAUGACUUGGGUAAUGACCAGAGAAGCAGAAACUUUGUGGGUUCCAUGAAAUCAUUUCUGGGUCAUGCAGAAAAGAAUCUGAAGGAGUUGCAGGAAGAUGAAAAUAGAGUCCUGUUACAAGUUAGAGAAAUCACAGAGUAUUUCCAUGGAGAUGUGAGCAAGGAUGAAGCUAAUCCACUUAGGAUUUUUGUGAUUGUCAGAGACUUUCUGGGUAUGCUGGACCAUAUCUGUAAAGAGCUUAGAAGCGCCAAAAUCCCAAGAUCUCCAAAUCCUCUGUCCCCAUUCAGAUAGAUUUUUUUUUUUUUUUUAAAUAAUUUUAGAUUUCUGGGCAUGUUCAUAAGAAACCAUCAGAGAUCUGUGUUUAACUUCUUCUUCUUCUUCUUUUUUUUUUUCUGAUAUUGUGUAGAAUUUUUGGAAUGUGUAGAGUGGAUUUCUUCAAUCAAGGAUUUGUAAUAACAAUCAGGUGUAACAUCUUUAAUUGGCCUUUUUAAUAAUCCAAACUUUUCACUUGCUAA